CCUUACCUGAUGAAAGAACUUUAAGGAUCAUGAAGUCGAGACAAAGCCAUUCUAGAGUUAAAGAAUUAGAAAAGAUCUAUUCUUCAGAGCAAAGAAUGAGAAAGUCAUUCUCAAAUUCUUUUCGUUACCAAAGGUCGCAAGGUGCCGAUAAUCAAGCUAAUAAUAUCUUACCAAUUUCAAAUGUUAAGAACUUGAACUCUUCAAAAGGUUUGGGAAAGGUUAAGAAAGUUCAGAGUCCUAUUAAAAGUAGCGACAAAGGAUCUGAAUCUCCUCAGAAAAGCCUUUCUUCGAUUUUAAAAUCAUUGACAAAGCUUAGCAUUAUUCCAAAGAAAAGGAACCAAAAGGGCUACCUCUACGAGUCUAGAAAAUUCAUUGGUUCAAAGAAGCACUCAAAGAUCAAGGUGAAAUCUAUCACAAAUUACGAUCCCAGAUGUAAAUACAGAAGAGAGAAGAAUAAUGUAAAGACCUCUUUCCCACAGGCAAUGAAGAGUUUGAUCAAAAAUACAAAAACCUCUGAUUACAAAGAGUGGAAGGACAAGUCGAGCUGCGUAAUUCAAAAGAACACCCUUAAUCCAGACAGUUCCCUAAAUAAAAGCGAGAAAGGAAAUGAUGACUUGUUGAAAAUCAACUCUUGUUUAGGGAAUAAAAGUAUUAUUAAUCUCUCGGUUAGUGAUUAUCAAUAA